AUGAUACCCCUUCGCUCUUUUCGCUCGGGCCUCAGCCUCAGCCUCAGCCUAAGAAUAAUAGCCCAAUUGGCAUUUCUGUCCUCUUUCACUCUUCGUCUCUCCGCCGCUACGACUUUUACAGCGUCCGAUGACGAUGACAUGCGAUCCUAUGUCACGCUCCCCAACCACCGCAUCAUCAAAUGGAACAUCACCUACCAUGACCGCCACGCCGUCGCCCCGGGAUACUGGUUCGUCGCCCCGUACUGGGUCACCGUCGGCGAGCCCUACACGAACCGGUGGAUGCCCUAUCAAGUCGGUCCGCAUAUUUUCGAUCAGGAUGGCGAACUUGUCUGGACGGGCGCCGAAUUCACCAACAACCGCAACGCCUUUGAUCUCCGCGUCAUCGAAAACCAACCCGGCAAGCCACAGCUCUCCAUGAUGGUUCAGACGGGCAUCGGUCUCGCCCUCGAAGAUGCAAAUGGAACGGUCCUGAAUAACCGGUACCAGGUCACCGGGAGUAUACCUGUCAACGACAAGCACGAGUUCUACGUCUACGCGCCCGGACGGGCCCUGGCGAUUCACCACCGACGGGAGGCCGUCGAUCUGUGGGAGAUCGGACUGCCGGGGGUAUUCAGGCUCGUGAAGUUCCACGGGUUUCAAGAUGUCGACAUCACGACGGGUCGCGUGCUCUUUGAAUGGGACUCCCAGGGUAAGGUCCCGCUGGAUGAAUCGGUCAUUGCGGUGGAGGCGGGCCCGGCUGAUGAUCCGGCGGACUAUCUGCAUGCGAACUCGGUGGAGAAGACCAAGCAUGGCGAUUAUCUUAUGUCGUGUCGUCAUUCCAACACUAUAUAUCUCAUCUCAGGCCGAGAUGGGACCAUCAUGUGGCGACUGGGCGGGAAGAGGAAUUCCUUCAAGAAGGAUUUCACCUUUUCGAAGCAACAUCACGCCCGGAUCAUCAGCCACAGCCGACAACACAUGAUCAUGUCGUUCUUGGAUAACGCCUCCGAUGACGAUAUCACCGAUGAGUACGUUUCCACCGGACUGAUCGUCGACUUGAACCUGAUCACGCGCGAAGCGACGGUCUUGAAUCGCUACGAUCGCCCCGAUGGCAAUUUCACCCGGAAGCGCGGAAACACCCAGCUCCUUCCGAAUACCAACGUGUUUAUCUCCUGGAGUGACGAUGGCUAUAUCAGCGAGUUUGCUCACGAUGGACGUGUUCUCAUGGAGGCCCGCUUCGCCAGCGACCGCUUCAGUAACUACCGCGCCUACAAGUAUCCGUGGUCUGCUCGUCCUGCGGAGCCACCUACCCUUGUGGCGUCUGUGCAUGGGACCAAUGGGUCCGAACUGUCAACUCAGUUCCAUGUCAGUUGGAACGGCGCGACGGAUGUCGAAUUCUGGCGGUUCUGGGCGCAAUUCAACUCGACGAGCGAGAGGGUGAUGAUCGGAACGGUUCCGAAGAAGGGGUUCGAGACGACUUUCGUCGCCCGGGGUUAUAUGGAUCGGGUGGUGGUGGAGGCUGUUGACGCGCAUAACAAAUCUCUGGGUGUUUCGUCUAUGCUGAGAACUACUCCGCCCAGCUACUGGCCUGAGGGCGCUGAGUUGCCCAUGGCUGAUGAUCCAGCUGUCUUGCUCUUUCCCCCUGCUGUUCGACAGCCCCGUCCGUGGGAAUCGCUGUGGAUCGGGAUCUCUGCCACUGUUCUGGGUGCCGGUACGUUGAUUCUGCUUUCCAUCGCGCUGUAUUCGGUCGUUCGACGACGCAUUGCAGCGCGUUAUUCAACGUUCCCCGAGGAACUGGUGGAGCCUCUCAUGCUGCAACGGACAGGCAGCGAAACCCCUUGAUCGAUCCUUGUCCGCGGCACCUUUUUUGUACAUUUAAUUUUCUUUCGGGACUUGUUAGCCAGCGUAUAUGCGCGGAGAAAUCCAUCGAUAGCCAACACAAGCAUCAAGCUUGACCCUUGCAUUAAGCAUCAGACCCCCGUCUCUGCUGCAGCUCAAGAUGUUACAGCGCUAUCCAAUGGGGGAACGGUCCGCGGCUUGUCAACUGUGACAAGGAGCUUC